GUAAGACACUACUUCCGUUUCCGCUUUUGAAAUAGUAGUUUUUGUUGUUAGCAAGCUAAUAGGAAUAAUAACGUACCAAGCGGUAGCUCCUGUAGCAUGCAGCGUCUUUCAGAGCAACUAUCAAUGCUCUCUCACAGGAGGACAGGAGUUCCGUCCAUGGUGUAAAAAAAAAGGUGACAUUUCAUUGGUCUGAACAAAUAACCUGCACCAUGGGGCGAAGGUACUACUGCGACUACUGCGACCGGUCCUUCCAGGACAACAUGCACAACAGGAAAAAACACUUGAACGGUGUUCAGCAUCACAGAGCUAAGAAAGCCUGGUUCGACCAUUUUAGAGACUCUACAGCCAUUCUGUGUGAUGAGCAAGCUAAGAAACCUUGCAGGAAGUUUCUCCAAAGAGGAAUUUGUGAUUUUGGCCCUAACUGCAGGUUUUCUCAUAUGUCCGAAGAGGAGUUGGACAUCUUAAAAAGACAAGUGGAAGAUGAAAACCAGCGGCGAGAAGACGCUGUUGACAGAAUGGAGCCAGGACGAUGUAUAGAAGAAUGGCUGUCAAGAAGGGAAAAGAAACGAUCUGCCGCCAGUAACAAAGGAGAUCUAAAAUCUAAUGAAGACAGUGAAGAGGGUCAAGCAGAAAGUGACAUUCCUCCACAACUCCUCUCCAUUCCUGACCUUCCACCCUCGCUCCUACCUCCUCCUCCGGGUGGGUGGAAAGUCAAAGUGAGCACUGAGUGGGGCUGAGAGACUUUCAUUGCCUGGUUUAAAUCACUGUUAAUUUAAUAGGGGUUUAAGGUUUUCAGUUGACCCUGAAAAGAGUUUUUCCAUUGAGGAGAUCAAUAGAAAUAACAGUUUUGUUUAUUUAGAGUCAGUAUCUGAGUUUAGCCGUAAUAGGCAGAUAUUGAAAACUAACCCUGACAACUGACAUUUUGACAGUGUUGUUUGUUGGCGCAACAAUGACCUGUAUUGUGCCUUGAGACAAAGACAAAGUUUCAUGUCAUGUAGUCCCAAAAGGGACUGCUUUUUUUUUUAUUACUUUAAUUCUGUGCACCGUGGGAUUCGCUGAUUUCGUCACACAGAAACUUGAAACAGUUUCAAGCCCUAAAUAAUAAAGUUAUUAUGGAUUCAUUUUUUA